UGUGAACUUUUGACAAGCAGAAAGAAAGAAACCGUGUGAAAAUCGUUUAGGUUCGAUCAAAAAUUACUUAAACAGAGUAAAUAUAUCUUCCUUAUUUGUAAUUGUCACAAGAAUGCAUAAAAAAUAAAUAAGUAGUUAGAAAAAUGGCUUUUCUGUGUCCAGUCAGAAUAAGAAGGGGGAAGAAGAAGAAAUCAAGUAGUGGUGAUUCUGAUAAAGAUUUAUCGAGACCAAGUUCAGGGUUGAGCCCUGGUAUGGGUAGAAUCACAGGAUCAGCCAGUAUAGAGACCCUUGUUAGAGUUGGCAUUGAAAAAGAACAUGGACUCAGUCCUGAUUCUAAAAUGGUGGUGCUACAUGACUUUGCACCUUGCGUUGAUGAUGAAUUAGAGGUAAAACGAGGACAGAUUGUGAAUGUCUUAUAUAGAGAAAAUGAUUGGGUGUAUGUUAUUGUAGCAGAAUCUAGGAGAGAAGGAUUCAUUCCUCAUUCAUAUUGUGCACCCUGCGAACACCAUGAUUUGAAGAAGAAAUUGCCUCGGAGUAGAUCUCCAACAGAUAUGGCACAUAGAGAUGUUUCACAAUUGUCAGUAUCAGAUGGUGCAACAAAUGAUGGACACUCAGAACUCGGCAGUGAAGGAGAAGCAUGUCCUUUCAGCAAGGACCCAUCUGGGAGAUAUGUAGUUCUCUACACAUUUACUGCAAGAGACGAGAACGAUGUUGAUGUCGAAAGAGGAGAGUUUGUCACAGUACUAAAUAGAGAAGAUCCAGACUGGUAUUGGAUAGUGAGAAGCGAUGGCCAAGAAGGUUUCAUUCCUUCAGGAUUUGUAUAUCCUGCUGUUGUACAAGGUAAAAAUCCGUCAAAUUUUGCGCUUAGUGAAUUUUCUGCGUAGAGCAAAAUGUGAAUGUACAAUAAAAAAUGUUUCUAAACAUGUCUACGCAU